AUGUCUUGGGAUACUCGCAUCGCAGAAUUUAUCAAUAUAAUCUCAAAAGAUACAUUGAAAUGCACAGAACUAAUCGCCGAUUUAAUCACAAAAUAUUUCCCAGAGAAUGAAUCAGAUAUAUUUACACUACUACCUGAAAGAUCUCAAACCAUAUUUAAACGCGAUGAAGUUGAAAAAGAGCUUGAUCAAGAUAUAACUAAAGAAAUUAAACAAAAUCUUAUCGAAUAUCGAGAUGUAAGUAGUAAACGAUCAGAAUAUAUGACAAAUUUAGUCAAACGAUGUGAUAUUUUUUAUAAUAGUUUAAUUACUGGAAAGAAUAAAGACAACAUAAAUUUAAUUACUAUUGCUAUCACAUUUUCCAUUAUGCAUCUU